CUGACUCCCAGGAACACCUGCUGUGCAUGUUGACGGCUCUUGGCACAUGCGCAGUGGCUGUCCUACUUCUGUAGAGUAAAAACGUGUUUCUUCACAUGAAUGGCGUUUCACAAGCAAAAAGGUGAACCAAUGGAAGAAAAAGAUAAACUCGCGAUCGCAGUAAUGUAAAAUUACCAAUUCGACCUCUCCCAGCUGAUAAGACUACUGUGACAUUAUUGCUAACUUUUACAUCACUCGAACUUCUUCUUGUAGGUGUCCACCUUCUCCUCCUGCACAGACUUACUCAAAGUUCUAACUGGAUAUAAAGGGAUCGCUCCAUUAUUGAUACUUUGUGAAUCAUAUUCAUGGCUCAAGGCAGUUACAUCUUGAGAAAUGUGUCAGGUCAAAGCACUGAAGAGUGUAUUCCUAACUACCUAGGGAUUGACUACAGUUAUCAGUCGGACGUGGACUACCUCAGAUGUGUGGACAGUUUCCAAAACAGCACCACCAUUAAGCGGCUAAGCCUUAAGCGGAGGCCCAGAGUGGCCGGCAAUAGUGUGGAAAAAACACAGAGUGGCAUUUCACCCAGCCAGAAUUCUGCAGAAUCCUUGUCAUCAUCUAGCAGUGAUGAUACAAGACUACUGGGCAUGUCUUCUACUACCAGAGGUCGACCUCCUCUUCCUCCACCACAUGGUUCCUCACUGGAUAACAAACCCUCCAGGAAUGAAGGGCCAGCAAGCUCUCAGAUACUUAAUGAGUCAAAGCCUCAGCCUGCUGCAAGAUCUCUUGCUUUACAAAAACAAAGCCCCGUGUUGGAAAAGACCAUUGUGGAGACCCACAAACAUUUGGAUCAGGAGGUGACGAGCCAGCCUCUACCUCAGCCCAAUCCCCGUCGACGACUGGCCAGCUUUGGAGGGGUAAGCACCCCUGGGUCGCUCUCCCCCUUCACUGGACUGGGUGCAUACAAUCAGAACAACAAUGGGAAUAACCCUACUGGCACAGGAGGUGAUAUCCAUGUCCACCUUAGCUCAUCGCUGGGCAGUAGAGGCAGCACAGGAUGCCUAAGGCUGAGCCCACAGAGCUCUGGUAGAACCACCCCAGUUACAAGUCUCGGCCCCAUGCACCUGCAGCAUGUCCGUGACCAGAUGGUGGUAGCCCUGCAGAGGCUGAAGGACCUGGAGGAGCAAGUGAAAAUCAUCCCUAUCCUCCAGGUAAAAAUCUCAGUCCUUAAUGAGGAAAAGAGGCAACUGGUUUCUCAGCUCAAGAACAAGAGUGACAAUGAGGACAUAAAUGAUGUGAUCUGGAAGAGAGCAUAUAGCAUGGAAAGGUCUGACAUUGAGAACAAGGUGAAUACAGAGGAAGGACUUGAGGGUGUAGUGAGAAGUGACUGCACCGACCUAAGGGAGUUCAGGGAACUGACUGAAGAGAUGCAGGCAUUGGAAAGAACCAUCAAGGGCAGACAUUUGCAGGCAUCGCAUGGAAAAGGCCAUAACCCUCUGCAUGACAAGGCUAUCAAGUCAGUCGCAGUUGGAACUGAUAAAGAUAUAGAUAUCACCUUGUCUAAACCCACAAAAGAAAACAAAUAUGUGUACACUGAUCAAGUAGAGACAAGGUCUAUUGCAACAGAAGUGUCUGAAGUUAAUCUUGGAAUUUACACAGAAUGGGAAGCAGAGCUUGAUGCCCAACAACUAAUAAUUAGUGCCUUGAAGGAGAGAGUUUGUCACUUAGAAGCAGAGUUGAAAGAAUCAGCUCUCCAGACAGAGAUGAGCCGUCUGAAACUGGAGCUUCAGGCUGCAGGAGCUAGGACCCGAGCUGAUAAAGCCUCCUUUGCUAGGCCAUCCACUGUGAGCACAGGCACCGAGGCAAGGCCUCACACCACAAGCCAGGGAGUGGGUAAUCACACAGAGCUCCGAGAUUCCAGCACGGGGAAUGCAACAGAGGUGAAGACUGUGGGAGUAUCUUGUUGUAGGCCUGAGCUGAAGGAUGUUUGCACAGGACCAGAUGUAGCCAUGAGCCACUGGGAGGUCAGGGAGCGAGUGGAGACCAUGGAAAAGGGCGUGGGGAUCCAAGUUUUUACGAACACACAAGGAGUUGGGAUGGGGAUAAAGUUAUGUGAUGCAGAAACCAACACAGAGGUACCAGUGGAGAAUCUGGGGUCUAAGAAAGGAAAGAUCAAGUAUCAUUCAGUGGCUUGUGGGGACUGUUCUGUUGAUGUGAUCAUCUCUGCGUCAAAGGAAGUGGUUUCUCAAGGUAUUGCCACAGAUCAAGUCAGAGGAGUGGAUCUGGGAAUUAUGGCAUCACCUCAGACAGCUUCUCAGCGUACCAACACUGUAUCCAGUUCAGUGUCUCGCUUUACCAAUACCAGACAUGCCUUCAACACAGACUCCAGCACUAAUACUGUUCUAAAUACCCAAGACAAGCACACCAACACCACUCAGACUGUUACUAGGACAGUGUCAGUAGACAACAGGAGUGAAGGCAUCAAAUGCACACCAUUGACCUGCACAAUUGGUGUAGGAACUUCAGAUCUGUUAGGAAGUGCCUUAAAACAAACACCAGGGACAGUCACCAAGGUAACCCGAGACACUGGUGUUGGAUUCACGAACAUUAAUGAGAAUUUCCUGGUUGGACUGAAAACCCGAAAUAUGGCCUCUGGACCAUCACAUCUACCUGACCCCAUCAAGACAAGGAGCAUUGGUGUAGGGGAGGGGAAGAUACAGGAUUUGUCAGUUUCACUGAGUAAACCUUGCCAGAUGUUCCAGCAAUCUUCACGCUCCCAGUGGGACCCCGAGCUGAACCAUUACAUAGAGAAGAUACAUAGGCUCCUCAGGGAGCAUGGGGACCUGCUCACAGUGGACUGCACUCACCAGGGGGAAGGGUUUGUCCAGCAGCACAGCAGCCGUGGAAGGGCCAGCUCCAAGCUGUCCUGCAAUAACAAAGCUGCAGCACAAGGAGGUGCAGAAGUCCAUCCUUCAGAUUCUCAGCCACCAGUCAGCAGAGAGUUUCAGUCCCCAUCUAAACUGUCAGUUGACUUUUCUAAGUGUGACAAAGCAAACCCAGGAAUCUGCCAACAGGGUGGAAAUGAUUCAGAGGUGAAAAGAAUGAUACAGAUGUUAGAACAACAGGCAUCCCCAGCUCUACAAGACAGGUCAACUAAUGCCAGUGUGCUGCGGUCUGUAAUGAAGAAACAGAAUGGUGACCAAGGCUGUAGCAGCAACAGGAAGAGCAUGAAGUUUAUGAGGGUGACCACAGGAUUGGACCCCAUGUCAUCUUACGAGCUUUCUGCCAGUGAGAAGGCUAACUCAGAGGAAGUUCAAAGGAGAGGAAACAAAAAAAGGGAAGCUUCUCAAGAUGGAACACAAGCAAGAAAGGGCAAAGGUGGCUCCAACAAGGGAUCGAAAGGGUCUGCAAAAUCACAUACACAACAGAGGUGUAAGUUAAGUGAAAAGAUGUUUUCUGCUUGUCAAGCCUUAAAGAUGCACCUGAGUGAUGACACAGCUUUAUCCAGCAGGGAAUUGCAUGACUGUCUACAAACCCUGCAGCAAGAGUGGUUCUCUGUGUCCAGCCACAAGUCAGCUGCUCCUGACACGGUGGAGGAUUACUUGACUAUGUUUCGGGUCAUUUCCCCCUCAGUAUUGCAACAUAUAGCUAAUAUGGCUGACGGCAAUGGAAACACAGCUCUGCACUACAGUGUGUCUCACUCCAACUUUGCCAUUGUCAAAAAAUUGCUUGAUGCAGAGGUGUGUAACGUGAAUCAGCAGAACAAAGCAGGUUACACGUCCAUCAUGCUGGCUGCACUCGCAGCUGUGGAAAGUCCAGAGGACAUGAGAGUUGUGGAGCAGCUCUUCACAAAGGGAGAUGUCAAUGCCAAGGCCAGCCAGGCCAGUCAGACAGCUCUGAUGCUGGCUGUGAGCCAUGGCAGGAUGGACAUGGUGCAGGCACUCCUGGCACAGGGGGCGGAGGUCAAUCUCCAGGAUGAUGAGGGCUCCACGGCGCUGAUGUGUGCAAGCGAGCACGGCCAUGCUAACAUUGUUAGACUACUGCUUGCACAGCCAGACUGUGAUGCCACCCUGACUGACAGUGAUGAAAGCACAGCCCUGUCCAUUGCACUGGAGGCAGGGCAUAAUGACAUUGCAGUGCUCCUUUAUGCACAUGCCAACUUCUCCAGAGGACAGACAGGGGCAGCUGCUCGACACAGUGGCAAGUCUCUCUCCGCCUCUGGUGGUAGAAAUAUCUUUGAAUGAGAUGAUGCCCCAAAGCUUGAAUGGAUGCUUCUUGAAUCUUAUAUAUGAGCCUGAGGCACGAGAGAACGGUUCCCUGGAGGAGAUGGAAGAGGACAUCAGUCUGAAGAAGCGUAAAAGCGAUCAUCAUGGGGAGAAAGACCUGCAGUCUGGGCAGGAAACUGGCGAAAAGGUCAAAAGGAAGCGAGG